CCUUACUCCUCGCCACUCCUACACCAGAGGUAAAAAGACUGAAAAUUAACAAUGGCAAGCUCAAGGUCAAGGUCAAGGUCAAGGUCCAAAACCAAAACCCAGACUACGAUUAAGGUUAACAGCCCCCACAUUGGUAGCAUUGUGUUUGACAGUAACAGCCUUCCUCCAUCUCUUUGGGAAGACGGCUACAGGCCAGGCAUCGUGGCUGGCCCAGGGGACCCGGAGGACUUGCCUGAAGUUUUUGACAAGGUGAUGAACAGCCCUGAAGGCUUUAUGAAGAAUUUUGUGAAGAUGUUUGAUAACCUGUUAACAGACGGCUACAAGGACUUGGCUGUGGAGAUUGGGAAUAGUCUUACGGAAGAGGGUGUUGUACCCCAGAUUGUGAUCGUGACAGGGAUUAUUGAUGAGUAUGCUGAGGCUGGCAAGACCAUGGAGGCUCUUUAUGUGUUCAGGAUGAUUUGGGAACAUUGUGCCCUCAAUGCUUACACUUACAGUGUUAUCAUCAAAGCACUAGCUGCGGAUCCGGAGCCCAAUUUUCUUGGGGUUGCCAAGGAAUGUGUGAUGGAGAUGAUGGGGAAGGGAAUGCAGCCCAAUGCCAAGACUUACACGGCCGUGCUUGAGGCGUAUGCAGGGCAUGAGAAGAUGGAGGAGGGCAAGAUGUUUCUGCAGGAGAUGAAAGCUAAUGGGUUUGUGGCAGACAGGAAGGCAAUGAGGGAGAUGAGAAAUGUUCUCAAGACUAAACGAUCUCUGGUCAAAACCAUCAUUGAGAUUCUGUUUGAUAACUCGGAAGACUAUUCAGGUGACUCAGAAGAUGAUGAUGAUGCUAUAAAGAAGUCCAACAAAAUGAUGGAAUAUUUUAACUGCCCUCCUGAUGGCUAUGUUGGCAGCAAACACGUCAUUGAGGACGAUCCAGAAAACCCCAAAGAUUUGGAACGAGUCUUCGACAUAAUGUGCAAGACAGAACCCCUCAUCCACACUUUCACCAGGAUGGUGAACAUGCUAAAAAAAGAUGGAUUUCUGUCCCAAGCCCAGGAGAUAAGGGCUGAGUUUGACUUGGGAGUAUAUAUACCUGAAGUCGUGACCCACACCGGCGUCAUUGAGAUCUAUGCCAAGAGUGAUCAAGCCAAGGAGGCUCACAAGGUUUUCCUGCGCAUGUUAUCCCUCGGAGUUGCUCCAAAUGCAUACACUUAUAGUGUUAUCAUUAAGGCACUUGCUAAAGACUCCAACUUCCUUGAAGAUGCUAAGAAGUACUUGCUGGAAAUGAUGGAUAAGGGAAUGCAGCCUAAUGCCAGGACAUACACCCCUGUGUUUAAAGCCUUUGCUCGGCUGGAGGAGGAUAACGUGAAGAAAGGGAAGGAGUUUCUGAUGGAGAUGAAAGCCAAGGGAUUCAGGGCUAAAAAGAAGGCUGUGAUGGAGGUUGUCAAGGGAAGAAAAGGACCAGUGGUUGAAACCGUUAUCAGUAUUCUCUUCGGCAAGUAGAUCACCAUUCUGUUGUCUUAACUUCUCUGUUGUGGUUUUGUGGGUAUGAAUUAGGAUACCACGGAAUGAAUAUGGGAAUGUUUCUGAUCA